AUGGCGAUUGGAGUGUGCUUUUGUCACAAGAUCAUUGAUGCUGCCUCAUUGGCCACAUUGAUGAAUGGGUGGGCCAGCAUAUCACGUGGUGAAACCAUCUCCAACCCAGACUUCCAGUCUUCCAAGCUUUUCCCAACCGAAGGGCCUGUUGCUUUCGUUGGGCCUAACAUGAAAGAGAACAUUGUGACAAAGAGGCUUUUAUUCGAUGCGUCCAUGAUAGCUACCCUUAGAGUUAGACCAGCCAACCAUUUGGAAAACCAUCCCACACGGGUCGAAGCAGUGACGGUGCUUAUCUGGCGAUGCAUGAUGCGGGCAUGUGGAGCCAAAGAGGGGUUGUCAAAGACGUCCAUGGAGGUGCAUGCGGUGAACUUGCGGGGAAGAAUGGUGCCGCCAGUGCCGGAAUAUUCGUUUGGGAAUUUGUUGGUUUUGGCGACAUCUGUGGCAAUGGAGGAAGAGUGCCACAUAGACACUCAACAUUAUCUAGAGAGGAAAAUAAGGGAUGCAACAAGAGAAAUAGAUAUUGAUUACAUAAAACAACUCCAAAAAACAGAUGGGGUUUCAAGGGUAGAUGAAUUAAUAGAUGAGAAGAUCAAAAAAUACUCGAAUUGGGGUAGAGACUUGUAUGCCUUUUCUAGUUGGUGUAGGUUUCCUUUCUAUGAUGCGGAUUUUGGAUGGGGAAGGCCUACUUGGGUUUGUACUAGCUGUUGGGGUGCAAAGAACAGUACGAUUUUAAUGGAUACAAGAGAUGGUGAUGGCAUAGAAGCAUGGGUGAACAUGGAGGAUGUGGAUAUGGCUAUAUUUGAACAAGACCAGGAGCUUCUUUCUUUUGUUACCCCUUCAUCCAUUGAUUGA